AUGAAAGAAGUUGUAUUUCAGAAUAUUUCCAAUAAUCUAACGGCUCCUUCUUUAUCUUUAAAGGGUUGGUAUUAUUUAUAUCAUUACGAUAAAGAAAAGGAAUACACAGAAACACCAAGUGAUAACAUAAUAGAUUUAUUCAAAGAAUACAGUGCUAACCCAAAAGAUGAAACAGAAGUUCACUCUAAACUCAAAGAGCUGGACUAUUCUAAACUGAUGGCAUUUGACGCUAAUGGGUUGCACGCCUCUGCUAUGACAGAAGGUGAAUAUCCUAAAGCGGAAAGCGCGAGAGUCUUUCGAAAAGAAGAAAAUGAAGAAUUUAUCAAGCUCUUUAAUGAGCAGAAAUUCAGACCUAGAACGGCAGUAUUAAAAGUCUGGUUUAAAUAUCCUACCAACAUGUUCUUCCAACCCAUACCCGCUAAAGAUAUAAUCAGUUUUACGAAUAGAAUAGGUAAGAAGGAAACUGGGAGUAAAAUCAGGUUCAGAAAUGGUUUCUGUUCAGGUGUUUUAACAUUGGUCGAUAUUCAAGAAAUAGUGAAAGCAGGUGGUAAAAUACUCAAGAUAUUAGAUGGUAUAGUAUACGAAGAAAAUUUUCAAACUUCACCCUAUAGAGAUUAUAUUUUAAUUUUGAAGGAAUUAAGGAAUAAAUACAAAAAGGAAGGGGAUGUGGUUGCCAGUAACUGCAUGAAGUUGUUAGGUACAUUUAUAUUAUCUCACAGUAAAAGAAUAAUGAAAAAUUUUAAUCACGUCAUAGAUGGAUUUUAUAAACCGGAAAUAUACUAUACCGUUACCGAUAGUUUAUACAUUUCGUCUAGCAAUUGGGAUACAUUAAAUGAAGCUGGGUUGGUGUCCGAAAAUGAUUAUUGUAAAGGAAAGAAUGAUUACGGUGAUGGUGGAAUCAUAUUUGGUUUAUAUUUAGCGCCAAAAGUUAAAUAUGAUAUUAUUCUAACUUCCGAUGGUGUUUUAAAAGAAAAGAAAACGUUUAAGGGAUACUUUAACUAUAAGAUUAAGGUAGACGAUUAUAUUCGAUUAGCUAGUGGACAUGAUGUAACGAAUGAAUUUGAUAAACCAUGGGGAAAGAGUUUUACUGAUGGAAUAGUUAUUCCUAAUGAAAAACAAACUAAAAAAUUUAGAAGUUAUUUGAAUUUAGUGAAGAGAAAAGCACCAGAUGAUAAAGGAAAAAUGUAUCCUUACAACUCUGGGAAGGAGAUGUGCUUGGACGAAGACUAUGAAUUUGAUGAUUUCGAUUACCUUACUAUUCAAGAAGAGACUUUUUUUACCUUUGAUGGUAAUAUACAUAUUUUUAUAGUUUCUAUACAAUUCAUUAUAAUCCUUUGUGGUUGGAUUAGUUGUUAA